AUGUCUGGUCCUAACAAAACCGAUUCCAUCAUCAUCGUCGGCGCCGGCGUCUUCGGCUUGACCAGUGCACUCCACCUUGCCCGCGCCGGCUACACCAACAUCCAUCUCUUCGACCAGCAAGACUUCCUAGCCACAAACUACUCUUUUACAGCAGGAAGCGAUGGUGCCUCUGCAGACGAAAACAAAAUCUUGCGAGCAUCCUAUGGUGGCCAAGAACUCUACCAACGCAUGGCGUUUGCCGCAAUGCAAGAAUGGGAGCAAUGGAACCAGAAUAUGGCUUCUGAUGCUGACAUACCUGAUGCCCUCAAGAAUACUGAGAAACUAUGGGAUCGUUGUGGCUUUUUGAGGAUUGAAGAGACUUUUGGUCAGCAUGAGACUGAAACGCAGAACAGCUUUCCUGCGGAGAUCAAGCACACUCAGUAUCGCGUCACAGACAAGCAACGGAUCAGGGAAGCGACUGAAAAUGGUAUAUCGAAAUCCAAGUUCGACCCAUUUGAUCGUGCAAAGCGUGGACUACGAACAGACGGUAUUCUCGACAUGACAGCUGGGUACACUCUAGCCUCCAAAGCUUGCACAUACGCUCUCUACCUCUGCAAGAAAGCAGGUGUAAACCUUCAUCUUGGCUCUUCCAUCGGCACGUUCGAUUCGUUCCUCUACUCUGGUACCAGCGUCACUGGUAUCAAGACUGCAGACGGUAUGUCUCACCAAGCAGCUUUGGUCAUCAUGGCAACAGGUGGCUGGACACCUUCCCUGCUCCCAGCAGCUCAGCCUCUGCUCGAGACAACAGCAGGUACAAUCCUAACGAUCAAUCUUCCUCAGUCUCGUCAAGAUCUCUGGGACAAAUAUGCACCAGCCAACUUCCCUGUCUGGAGUUGGAAUAUGGGUGGCUUUGAUGCCUUGACUGAAACUCCAGGCGGCCUUUAUGGCUUCCCACGCACACCCGAAGGAGUGAUGAAAUUCGGCUUCCGCGGUGCGAAAUGGACAAACUAUACUCACACGUCCUCUGCUGGCCAUAAGAUCUCCUACCCCAAAACCGACAUCCAAGAAAUUCCUGAACGAGCAUUUAAAGUCGUGAAAGCCUUUUGCGCAGAAAACAUGCCUGAUUUACUGGAUCUAGAACUCCAGCGUGGAAGACUGUGUUGGUACACUGACAGUGUUGACAACUCUUUUCUUGUGUCUUAUGUUCCUGGUCAGCGUGGCUUGAUGGUCGCUAGCGGAGGCAGUGGACAUGGGUUCAAGUUUCUUCCAGUGUUGGGCAGACAUGUGGUUGAUGUUGUCGAGGGUAGAAAGACAGAAUAUACAGAGCUUUUCUCUUGGAGGGAUGUGCCGGAAGGUAAGAAGAACGGGCUGGAAGAGGGAGAGAAAGGGUGGAGGACCUUGAACAAGCAAAAGCUUGUGCAAAGAGGAAUGUGGAAGCUGUAG